AUGCUCGCGUCUAGGGUGAGGACGGCAGCUCGGUCAUUCACAACUGUCCGCUCUGUGAGAAGCAUUAUGACGAAAAACGAGAGAGCCAUCAAAUUUGGCCCGUUCGAGGUGACAAACCAGGUCUUCUUCACAACACCACAUUCCUUCGCCUUGGUCAAUCUCAAGCCCCUCAUACCAGGCCAUGUCCUAGUCUGCCCGCACUCACCACACAAGCGCCUGACAGACCUCACGCCCGCCGAGACAGCCGACCUCUUCACGACAGUGCAGCUCAUUCAACGGCUCCUCGCGCGUGCCUACUUCCCCUCACCGGAGCCGGAGGCCGGCAGCUUCUCAGUCGCGGUGCAGGACGGCGCCGACGCGGGACAGACAGUGCCCCAUGUUCACGUCCACGUUGUGCCCCGGACCCCGGGCGAUAUGGGUGCCCCAGAUGCCGUCUACGUGAAGAUGGCCGGCGAAGAGGGCAACAUAGGUGGCGCGCUGUGGGACCGCGAGAUGGGAAGGCCCAAGCCUGGGGGCGGUCUGAAGAGGGUGGAUGAUGAAGAUAGAAAGCCUAGGACUGAGGAGGCCAUGGUGGAAGAGGCAGAGCGGUACAAAGCGAUUCUGAAGGAGAUGGGUGUUGAGUGA